GGGGGUCAACUAACAUCCGACAAGACAAGCCAAGAAAUCAAGAAACAUCUUGUAAUCAUAGAUGGGUUCGAACGAGACUCGGGGACAUCCGAUCAUAAAUUUCUCGGACAAGAACAUGAAACCGGGAACUGAGAUUUGGAGGUGGACGAGGGAGAGAGUCCGAGACGCCAUGGAACGGCACGGCUGGUUUGUGGCCGAUUGGGACAACUUCCCGGUGGAUCUCCACCGUGGGAUCAUAUCGGCCGCCGAAGAACUCCUCGCUCUCCCUUCCGAAGUCAAAAUCCAAAACGGCAAUCACAAGGCCCGUCAUGGCUACGUCACCAUGCUCGCCGACGACCAGCCUGUCCACGAGGGCCUUGGGAUCGAUCUCGUCACGGACUUCGAACAAUGCCGCAAGUUUGCAGGUCUCAUGUGGCCCGAUCAUGGAAACGACCGUUUCUGUGAGACGGUCCAUGCAUACGCGAGAAUGCAAGCAGAAUUGGAGCAAAUGGUGGUAAGGAUGUUGUUCGAGAGCUAUGGACUUGACAGGUAUUCGGACAAACACAUUGGAGAUACGAGGUACCUUCUACGGCUGUUGAAGUACACUAGGCUUCCCAAUGGAGAUCCCAACAGAAAGUUCAUUUCCCAUACCGACAAAAGCUUCAUCUCCAUACUCCAUCAGAACGAUGUCAAAGGCCUGUCUUUGAAAUCCGAGGAAGAAGACGUCUGGUAUCCGUUUAGCCCCUCGCCCACAAGAUUUGUUGUCAUUGCUGGAGAUGCCAUCAUGGCAUGGAGCAAUGACAAAAUCCAAGCAUGUUACCACAAAGUAGAGAUGGACAGCGAGAUUACAAGGUAUUCGCUCGGGUUCUUCUCAUUCCAGAACGGGACGAUAUCGACGCCUGAUGAACUUGUGGAUGACCAACAUCCUUUGGCCUAUAGGCCCUUUUCACAUGACGGACUUCUCAAAUUCUACGAGACGUUGGGUGCCCAUCUUAAGGCUCAUCGUACCAUGACCAAAGCCUACUGCGGAAUCGAGACAGCCCCUUCUGGCUGAUUAGAAUCCUACCGAUACAUGCUACAAACUCUAUGUGUAUGUUUCGUUAAAAUUGUUCAGAGUCGGUCACGAUCAUGCUCCUUGUCCCCCACAAACAUGUACGUUAUGUAAUAAGUUUUUUUUUUAAUUUAAAUGUGUGGAUCGUGUGAAGAA